GUUUACAAAUUUUGACUGAAAUUUAAUUACCAUUUUUUUUUUGUGUAUGCCUUCAAUUAUUCUUGCCUAAAGUGGAAAAACGUCGUUUUAAUUUAUGCGAUUAAUUUGUUCAUUUUAAGCAUGUAAACCCACUUACAAGUCAACUCUUUGUCUUACUAAACUAAGAUGGAUAGGGAGCCACACCAACCUUCAUACAGUGGCGCAGCCUUUUCUGAGCAAGAUAUUACCAGUGAAAGCAAAGAACUAGCCGACGUACAACAACUGAGCCCCAAUACUCUUAAAGUAGCUGCUGCAGAAUGUUUGAAUAACUGGAUAGGAUAUUUACAAAUGCUAAACACUAUGUGUGCAGCCGGUCUUCGCCUCGCCCAAUCCCUGUAUAAUUUAUCACAAAUGCAAAAUGUUCCCAUAGCCACCCAGUGUAUAAAUAGUUGGGAGGAUCUUACUAGAGCUACCGCUGUUGCUAGUAGCUCCGUUAAAAAUCAUAUUGCAGCUGCCAUGCAAGAUAUGAGUAUUGGUGACACAUUUACUGAAUCUGAUGCCCAAAGGCAACUAGACCAUAACCAGCACAUUAUCACCGAAAACCUUUUAACAUUUAUCAACCUCCAAUACCAGUUUUCCAUAGCGAGCUGUGAGAAUUUCGGUUCUAUGGCCCUAUGCCCUUCCUGUCAAACUACCCCCGGGGGAGUACAUAAUUCUGACUGUAGCAUGGCCGCCGUGCAACAGUGUUUCAGUAAACAGGAGACCAGGUCUCAAAUGUCUAGUCCCAGAAUGGAAGAUAUACCCAGACAGCACAGUCCUAUGGCGGACACAAGGGGCUCCUCUCCAUACCAGGAGCAAGCGAGGGGGCCCAGCCCCAUCCAUAGUUUUUCCGACUUUCAUAGGGGACCUGGACCACUGGAAACCCUUAGAGGACCUUUUCCUACUCCAGGACAAUUACACACUAUGAAAUUGCCAUUUCCAGGCAGGGGGGGCCAAAGAUCACCUCUCCAUUUCCCGUUGUUUCCUUUAGGGGGGCCCAGGAGGUGGUCUGAGGUCGCCGCCACCGAUGUCACUGUUGUCUCAGAAGGGGGUCAGGGAGAAGUUACUGCAGCACGCAGAUGGUCUAUGCCCUGGGAUACGGCUUGGGUGGGCGGUGAACCCCCCAAUAAUACUAAUAGUAACCAAAACCGUUCUACUGGGGUGCAAGCUAAACUGUCUGUGCCCAGUGGGGGCCCCAGUAGCUCUCAGGAGCGUAGCAGAAGCACCACACCUGAAUCUGUGACGUCUCAGCCAUCCGCCUCGGCACCCAGUGGGUCUCAGCCGCCGGUUCCGGGGGUGCUGCCGAGCGUCGAGGGUCUCUCGGAGGCGAUUCAAUUGUUGUCUUGUAGGCCCAGUAGAUCCUCGAUACCCACGACGUCGAUUCCGGGACAUUCGUAUGUGCCCGUAUGGGGGGAGACCCACGAGGAUCGGAUGCAUCGUAGGUUAUUCCCGUCGCAAAGAGGUAAUUGGCAAUCGGUAGACGUACCGCACGCGGGCAACAUAAACACCGAUCACUUCGACAUAUUCCCCCAAGGGCUACCGUUAACCUCAAGAAAAAGCAGCUCAUCCACGGACUCCUCCUCUUGUAUGUCAAUCCAUAGUAGAUCGACUAACAGCGGAUCAGAAAGGGGUUCUUCCAGUGAGGCCAGUGGACCAGAGGCCAUAAGACUACAUACGAACCUUUAUUCAAUGUGGAGCGGAAGUGAACAUUUGCCUUUCAUAAGGCUACCGGAGAGUCAAGAACCUUUGGACGAGAGCGACACAGACGAUCCGCCGACAGAGAGGAGUGGGUUCAGUGGUUUUCCGAAACCAACCUAAGAAUUGUAAGACUGAUGUUCUCUUUUUAAGAUCUGAAGGUUAUUAUUAUACAGUAAGAUGUUUAACCCUGAUAAUUAGAGUCCCGAUUUAAAAGCGUAAAAAACUUUAUAAAGCUCGACAAUUUACCUUUAUUUCGUUUCACUUCUUUGAAGUUGAGUCUAACUCUCUAGUGGGACUUCUCUAACAAAAACUGAGGUGAAGCCAAAACUAUCGGAGAUAUCGGUAUCGUUCAAGAGACAUAAUUUAAAGGCCACUAGUGUACCUUUAUGUUAGUUUUUGUUUCAGUUAUCUAUUUAAAUUAGUUUUUGAGAUAUUGUCAUUUUAAGUUGAGUCUAUCGGGACUUCUCAAACAAAAACUGAUAUGAAGCCAAAACUAUCGGAAAUAUCGUCUUUAUUCAAGAGGCAUAUUUUGAAGACCACUAGUGUACCUUUAUUCAAGUUAUUGUUUCAAUUGUCUAUUUAAAUUCGUUUUUGAGAUAUUUUAGCGUGAAGUUGAGUCUAACUUUCUAUUGGGAUUUCUCCAACCCCCCAUGCCCAUCUGUGCUUGCAUGUAUUUACUCACUAUACUAGAAAAAAACGUAUAUAACCAAUGUGAUAAAUAAGAAUAUUGAUGUAGUAUUGUAUUUGGUGGCGACAUUAUAUUUAUGUUUAAUUUUAUGACAAUCAUUUGUGUCAAAAAAAAAAUGCUUUUUAAGUGCUGAAUCUAGUCGUUAGUAUUUUUUUUAAGGUUUUACUCUACUUCGCUGGCCGAAGUUUAUUUAUUAAGUAUUUUAUAUGUCAUUAUGUAAACCUGCAUGUUAAAUGAAAAGUAGAUUGACUCUACCGUUCAUAUUUAACUUAAUAAUGAAUAAAAUUGAUAUUGUA